AUGACAGUGAUGCGUCAGAAUGAUUCCUUAGUGACGGAAUUCCUGCUUGCUGGAUUAACAGACCGCCCAGAGCUCCAGCAACCCCUCUUUGUUCUGUUUCUAGUGAUGUACAUUGUCACCAUGGUGGGCAACAUUGGCUUGAUCAUCCUUAUCAGUCUCAACUCCCACCUCCACACCCCCAUGUACUACUUCCUUUUUAACCUUUCCUUCAUCGACCUCUGUUACUCUUCAGUUUUCACCCCUAAGAUGCUGGUGAACUUUGUGUCAAGGAGGAACGUCAUCUCCUAUGCUGGGUGCAUGGCUCAACUGUUUUUCUUUCUUUUUUUUGUCAUCUCUGAGUGCUACAUGUUGACCUCCAUGGCCUAUGACCGCUACGUGGCCAUUUGCAACCCGCUGCUGUAUAAAGUCACCAUGUCGCCUCAGGUUUGCUCUUUGAUAAGCUUUGCUGCAUAUUCCAUGGGGUUUGCAGGGGCCGCCGCCCACACAGGGUGCAUGCUCAGGCUGACCUUCUGCAAUGCUAACGUCAUCAACCAUUACUUCUGUGACAUCCUCCCACUCCUUCAGCUCUCUUGCACCAGCACUUAUGUCAAUGAUGUAGUCGUUCUCAUCGUGGUGGGUAUUAAUAUCACAGUGCCCAGUGUUACCAUCCUAAUUUCUUACGUCUUCAUCCUAAGCAACAUUCUUCAGAUCAAAUCUACUCAAGGGAGGUCCAAAGCAUUCAGUACCUGUAGCUCCCACAUCGUUGCCAUUUCUCUUUUCUUUGGAUCAGCAGCUUUUAUGUACCUUAAAUAUUCUUCUCCUGGGUCUAUGGAACAAGGAAAAGUUUCUUCUGUUUUCUAUACUAAUGUGGGGCCCAUGCUCAAUCCCCUGAUCUACAGUUUGAGGAACAAGGAUGUCAAAGUUGCACUGGGGAAAGUCUUGAAUCAAAUCCAGAGGAAAAACAGGUUCUAA